AUGGUCUACGAAGCUCCUCAUUUGAAGAUCAGGGAAGGUUCCAUCAACUCUGUUGUCUGCGUGGUUGGUGAUCCUGGUCGCGCUGAGUUGAUUGCCACUAAGUAUUGUGACUCGUACGAAGAGCUUGCCUAUAAUAGGGAGUAUCGCACCUACAAUGUCGAGUUCGAAGGUGCUAAGUUCUCUGUUGCCUCUCACGGUGUUGGUGGCCCCGGCUGUGCCAUUUGCUUCGAAGAGCUCAUCAAGUGCGGCGCUAAGGUCAUCAUGCGUCUCGGAACCGCUGGUUCAUUGAGACCUGAAACUAUCAAGCAGGGUGAUUUGAUUGUCACCACCGGCUCUGGCGCUGAGGAUGGUGCUUCCCAGUACCUUGUCCCUGCUGGCUUCCCCUGUGUGGCCGAUCCUGCUCUUUGUAUCGCCAUGCGUGAUACCGCCAAGUCUCUCGGAUACGAGCGUGUUCACUUCGGUAUUACUCUCGCCUCGGCUGUGUUCUAUCCCAGUCCAGCUGUCGAGCAGACAUUGGUGAGCAACGCCGCUGCCGGUGCUAUCGGUGUCGAGAUGGAGAACUCUGCUCUCUUCGCCGUUGCGUCCAUCAGAGGUAUCCGUGCUGCUGCCAUCUCAACCGUUGAUGGCUGCCCCCUCAAGUGGGAUGAGGGUGACUAUGAUCCGGCUGGAACCACCGUUACCGAUGGUAAGGAGCGUAUGAUCAAGACUGGUAUUAAUGUUGCUAAGCGCGUUGUCUUGGAAAACUUGUAA